AUGGAGAACGUCUACUCUGCUACUUACAGCAGCGUCCCCGUGUACGAGUUCAAGCUUGAAACUGACAGUGUUAUGAGAAGGCGACAAGAUGAUUGGGUCAAUGCAACACACAUUCUGAAGGCCGCCGGUUUUGAUAAGCCUGCACGCACGCGUAUCCUCGAACGAGAGGUGCAGAAGGGAGUACAUGAAAAAGUACAGGGAGGCUACGGCAAAUACCAGGGUAUGUUUCGGGUAUCUGGGACCGGGGUGCCGAAGCUCAUAGUCAACCCGCUGACCGAAUUGCGCACAGGAACAUGGAUUCCACUCGCGGAAGGCCGCCAGCUUGCGGAGCGGAACAACAUCCUUACAAAACUUGCUCCCAUCUUCGAUUAUGUCGCGGGAGAUCGCAGUCCUCCACCAGCGCCGAAACACACAUCAGCCCCAUCAAAACCAAGAGCACCGAGGAAAUCAGCCGCCGCAAAUCGUGCUGCCGCUGCAGCGGCAGCGGCGACGGCGGCGGCAGCAGCCGAGACCUUGAGAGUUGCUCAGUCUCAGCGCAGCAUGGGUCCGCCAACCAUCCCGCACGAUCACUAUGAAAUGAACACAGGAUUUGACGACAAUGAGUCAAUUGGGAAUGCUACAGUUGAAUCAUCUUCAAUGAUGGCGGACGAGGAUAUGCUUCAAAUGUCGCAUGGCGGACGGAAGCGAAAGCGUGGAGUGGAUGAGUCAAUCGCCAUGUCCAUCAGCGAGCAAGACCACAUCAUCUACGGCGACCAGCUUCUAGACUACUUCAUGACCGUGGGUGAUGCACCAGAGGCGACACGAAUCCCUCCUCCCGAGCCCCCCGCGAAUUUCCAAGUUGAUCGACCUAUUGAUGAUUCUGGGAACACGGCACUCCACUGGGCCUGUGCGAUGGGUGACUUGGGCAUUGUGUCAGACCUUCUACAGAGAGGAGCUAAUAUGAAAGCGCUUUCUGCUCAUGAAGAAACCCCGCUUGUCCGGGCUGUCUUGUUUACCAAUAACUACGAGAAGAGAACGUUCCCAGCUCUGUUGGAUAUGCUCAUGGAUACCGUCAAUUUCCGAGACUGGUUCGGCGCCACGAUCUUCCAUCACAUUGCAGAGAAUACCCGAAGCAAGGGAAAGUGGAAGAGUUCACGUUACUAUUGCGAAAUACUUGUCGAUAAGCUGUGCAAGACAUGUUCGCAAGAGGAGGUUCAAAUGUUGUUGUCAUGUCAAGAUCAGAACGGAGACACCGCUGUCUUGGUUGCUGCUCGCAAUGGCGCAUUUCGUCUAGUGGACAUACUGCUUGUGCAUUGCCACCGAGCUGGCGAUCUGAUGAAUAACAAAGGGGAAACCGCUGCCAAUAUUAUGGAGCGUGCUCAUCUUCCUGGCCAUGACAACCCUCCAGCCCCAUCUUCCGUGACCAUGGCAAAUGAGCAUGUGGACACGGAGGCAGGUGGUCUGGUGGCCACCGAUCAAAAUCCUGUUCCUCUAGCUUCCAAUACCCCUGCGACUUCGGAGCUCCUCUCCAAGAUCGGCACGAUUAUGGCGGAGGCAAACAGAAAGCUGGCAGUGACCUAUGGCAACAGCUCAAAGAUCAACCAACCAGAUUCCAACGAUGUCGCCGAUCCUGAAGCAUUAUACGAACAACUGGAGUCAGACCGCCAGAAUAUCCAGAAGCAGAUCUCGGAGUUGUCGGCUAGAGAAGCUGAGCAUGAGCGUAAUGAUGAUCAGGCUGGGCGAUAUGCGAAAUUGAGGGCAAGCUACGAAUCUCUUCUGGAGCAAGUCCAGCAUGCUGGUUUGGCGGAGCAGUUUGCUGUCACAGAGUUACCGAAACCGACUCCAGAAUCCUUUGAGCAAGACGAGCUAUUGACCCGAUACCAACUUGCCCAAGAGCUCUGCUCCGCACAGAAGAUCCGUCGCAAUGCUAUCAAGGAUCUAGCUCAGCAAACAGCCGAUGCGGGUGUGAGCACCAAGUUCGAUAUGCACCGCAGGCUAGUAGCUUUGGCGACCGGGCUCAAGGAAGAGGACCUAGAUCCUAUGGCCGCGGAGUUGGCUGAAACGCUGGAAUUCGAUCGCAUGAACGGCAAGGGCACCCCUCCGGAACCCGGCCAUGAACGCUUACCAUCCCAGAACGAGUCGACUACCAUCCCUGACUCCGGUGUCCCCGUGGAUGCCUAG